ACAGCUUCAUCAAAGACACAUUCAGCAGAUGAGAACAGAAGUGGAAGGAGAGGACUGUGGAGGACCAGAACCAUCCAAGAAUUCAGAUUUGUAUAGACAUUUACAACCUGAGACUGAUGACAGUGAUGGUUGGACGGAGACCAGAGAACCUCAGUCUGGUUUAAACUCUCUGAAAAAUGAUGAAGUCUCUGUCAGUGAUUUGAUUGCUGGUGAGAAACCAUUUAGAUGCUCUGAGUGUGGGAAAACAUUUGGUUACAGUGGAGCUCUGAAAAUACACAUGAGAUGUCAUUCAGGAGAGAAACCAUUUAGCUGCUCUGAGUGUGGCAAAAGUUAUAUUCAAAGCGGAGAUCUGAAGAUACACAUGAGAUCUCAUUCAGGAGAGAAAACAUUUAGCUGCUCUGAGUGUGGCAAAACCUUUGCUCAAAGUGGAGUUCUGAGGGUACACAUGAGAUCUCAUACAGGAGAAAAACCGUUUAGCUGCCCUGAGUGUGGGAAAAAUUUUGGGUACAGGGGAUACCUGACCAUUCACAUGAGAACUCAUGCAGGAGAGAAACCAUUUAGCUGCUUAGAGUGUGGGAAAAGUUUUGGUUACAGUGGAGAUCUGAAGAGACACAUGAGAUCUCAUUCAGGAGAAAAACCAUUUAGCUGCUCUGAGUGUGGCAAAAGUUAUAUUCAAAGCGGAGAUCUGAAGAUACACAUGAGAUCUCAUUCAGGAGAGAAACCAUUUAGCUGCUCUGAGUGUGGCAAAACCUUUGCUCAAAGUGGAGUUCUGAGAGUACACAUGAGAUCUCAUACAGGAGAAAAACCGUUUAGCUGCCCUGACUGCUCUGAAUGUGGCAAAAGCUUUGCUCAAAGUGGAGAGCUGAAGAGACACAUGAGAUGUCAUACAGGAGAGAAACCAUUUAGCUGUUCAGAGUGUGGAAAACGAUUUCGUCUUAAGUUAUAUCUGAAGACACACAUGAGAUCACAUACAGGAGAGAAACCAUUUAGCUGCCUGGAGUGUGGGAAAAGAUUUCGUUACAGUGGAGAUCUGAAGAGACACAUGAGAUCUCAUACAGGGGAGAAACUAUUUAGCUGCUCUGAAUGUGGCAAACGCUUUGGUCGAAAUUCACAUCUGAAGAGACACAUGAGAUCUCAUACAGGAGAGAAACCAUUUAGUUGCUCUGAGUGUAGCAAAAGCUUUGGUCAAAGUGGAGAUUUGAAGACACACAUGAGAACGCAUACAGGAGAAAAACCAUUUAGCUGCUCAAUUUGUGGGAAAUCAUUUACACAAAAUGGAAAUUUACAAACACACAUGAAAAUUCAUGAAGGAAAAAAGUGAUUCAGCUGUUCAGUCUGGAAAAAAAAACUGUCGUUGCUUUUAGGAGGGCAUCUUGUAACUGCAUCAGUUUUCAGUUGUAAAGGGCUGUCUGACAGCAUGGUUAUGUGUUGAAAAUACACUUAAUGUAGUGUCUACUUAAAUUGAUGUGGACAUUGUUUAGGUGAUGCUGUUUUUAUGUGGCUAAGAUAGGUUUUGCUGCUGUCCCCAUCCACAGUCACAGACUCCUUUGAUAGAAACAGCCCUUUUUUCUACCUAGCUCCCAUGCCAUUUUUGGUCUCUUUUGGGUCUCUCUGCAUCAUUCUGUGUCCCCUCUUGAAAUUCAGAGGUUUUACUGGUUCACAAAGGCAGUGCACGUGGAACUCUUCGUUGGUUGUUUUUGUUGUGUUUCUCCUUAGCAGCAGUAGUAUGAGUCAUGGGGUGGAUAACUGAUCAAGAGCUCCAAUCAGAGCUGAUCUGAUCUAUGGGUGAGAGGAGCAGCUGCUGCAGAGGCGAGUGAAAGCAAGGGAAGUAAUAAAGCAACUCAGGACAUAAAAUAAGCACAGCAGAAAUGUCAGACAGGAUGAACCAUGGUGUUAAACUAUAUAUCUUUAAAUGUUUCAGUCAUGGCUGAAAAUAACAGAAAUAAACAGGUUUGCUGAAUUUACAUAUCUCUGCAAUUCACAAGAGUUUGCAGUUUCUACCUGGGGGGUAUUCCAUCAACGUAGCUAAGAAUGUCCAGACUAAGGUGUAAUCUUGAAGUCUGACUAAACGCCAACUCCCAAUCUAGCGCCAACCUGUUCCAUCAAGUGAAAUCAUCUGGCUCCAACUGACGCUAAUUCAAGCCUCACCUGUUAAGCCUCAACUCGUGCACGCGCCCAGGGAAAAUAAAAAGCCCACACUAGUUGAGUGCCGAAAAUGUUGCAGAAUGUCAAAAAGCGAAGGACAGGAGUGAGCGGAGGCUUUUUCUGCAGCGGAGCAAACGCUCCUUAUGGAAGUGUAUGAAGACUAUAAGGACAUGAUUACGAAAAAAGGCAACACUGCAGCAAUUAAUAAAGCAAAGGAGGUGGCGUGGCAGAAUAUUGCCGACAGGCUACAUGCGUAAGUGACAAAGAAAAUUCAGCAUUUCAGCAUAAUAUCAUGUUCUAUAAAUCCCGCAUCAAAGGGACAAAAUAUAUGUAGAUAAGAACACCUAUUAAAUCUAACAAU